GCCGGAAGCAUUGCAUUGCCUUCCGUGCACAAGUACCUCGAACGUGGAUAAUCAUACGGACCUCUUGUCGUUAUGUCUUUCUGAUGCAUCAGCAUGUCUUUCUAUAGUUCGAAACCACUCGUCCCAAAGGUGGUAUGUUAUGUAUAUUACGCCGAUUUACAGUAUAUUUUUACAGGCUGAGAAACAUGAACCAGCUCAGGAACCGCCCCGAAAAUCCAAACGGAAGGGCUUAUUCGCGAAAAUGGGGAAGCGCUUAAGUCUUCCGUUUUUUAAGAGGAACCGUGGCAGAUGUCCGCAACCGAAAACUGAUCAAGCGUCCUCAGUGGAACAGGUGAAUCCCGAACCCAUUGAUCCAUCCAGUGCAAGUGCUCCAGUUCCUGGUGCAUCCCACUUAAGCCCUCGGGAUUCCGUCCCUAGUCGUCCUCCAUAUCCCCCUGCAUUCCAAGGGGAACUCUGCACUAAGCUACGAGCACGUGGGAGCUCCAACCACUCAAUAGAUGUCAGCAGUCCAUUACAGGCUGAGACUGAAGGCUCCUUGUCGGCGCAAAACGUAUCCCCGGACCUCGCUGGAAUGCAGCACAAAUUGGCGGUAGGUCGACAACGGAACCGAAGACCUCCAACACGCGGAGCUGCCAACAAAUCCUCAUCAUCCAAUGAAUCAAUGGAAAUCGCCAGUGAUCUGGAUGAUGAGGGGUGUAUCGCCUUCUUCAGCAGUCCGUCCGUCGUGUCAACAACUUUUUCCACUCCAAAAUUGGAAUCCAUUGAUGAAGAAUUGGUGUCCACCCAAGCAUCGCCAGAUUUAACUGAGGUUGCAUCAACAACUCCGCUUUUCAGUCGCGUCAAAGCACCUGCCAGACCACCUCAACCAGAUUUGACACCGCUAAUGGUAUCAGCUGAGAUGAUCACCGAACCGAAAAAAGCUUGUUCGCGUAGUCCGGAACCCAAGCAACAGCGGAUGUCUGGUGCUGGACUAUCGCACAAUGUCCAUCAUGUCAACGCGAUCCAGGAAAUAUUCCAGGAACUGGAUGUUUCUGAGCCCAGUGUCAGCGAUUCCCCGUCUCCCGCACCCGUUGUGGAUGACGACGAACCAGCACAACAACCACUGAAUGAAGAGAAAGAAAAAGAAACUGAAGCGAACCCUAGACGUUUGCGUUCUCUAUCUUCCUCCGAACGAGAUGACUUACUAAAACGUGCAUCCUUGCUUUCAAGCGGAUCUCGUGCUCCUGACUCUUUUAAGCGUCCUAUAUCCAUGUUUUCCGCUGAUCCUAUCGACCAGUCUCCUCUGGCUGGCAUGUAUCAUUCAUCCACUACGGAGAAGCGAGGCAGUACAAGUGAUGAAGAAAAAACAACAAAUAGCGCCGCCAAUUUUCGCCCAGAGGUCAAGUCUCCUCAUAGUGUAAGGCACUCUUUGCCUGCUCCUGAUGCUGUGUCGAAGCCGGUGAAUGGUAUCUGCAGUGGUGUUUCGGACGACCUCGGUUCAGUUUCUGACAGGGCAUCUGUUUUUGGAGCCCAUUUACAUUCACCCAAACCCAUUGCAGAUUCCCCCCGCCGUCGAUCCAAAGAAUCAACAAACAGUUCGAGUGAAGUUUCUCCUGAACCUGGUAAACGUGCCUCUCGUGUGUUGGACAUAGUGAAGAACUUUGAGAGCGGUCUAUGAUUCCCUACGUUUUCAUGAUUUGACAACGCACAAACGCGCUGAUCACGUCGCAGAACAACAGCGCCGCUAAUCACGGAGGAACUCUUCCGCGUGUGCCUAUUACCUGUUUGUUUCAAUCCAACGCAUCCGACUCCCUACUGUUCGGACACAAUCUGAUCCAGAUUUGUUACAUCUUUUACCCUAAUAUAUUUGUUUACUUAUUCUGCUCAGACCGAAAUUUUUCACUUUUUGCAACAGUCUUUUGCGUUUUUGUUUUUCUGCCUAUUUACUGCUGCCCAUGUGUAAUCGUCUGAAGAGCUUAUGUGCAUUUCAUUUUUUGUGCAGGUUCUUUUUGCCGGCGCUCACUCACCCUCAUUUACAAGUCCGCUGCAAGCUCCAAUCUGCAUCCAUUUUCCCUAAUCCCCAAGUCUCAAUUUUGUAAUCGAUGACCAAAUGAUUUGUGCCUUAAAUUCUAUCGCACGCCAAGUCAUGCGAAGUUUUGACCGAUUAUGCACCGGCAAUCUUGAUUUGUCAGUUUCCGGCUUAUAAAACGACAUUUGGUCGAGUUUUGAUGAGGUUGUUUUUUUAUUGCGUCUGCUUUCUUCAUAGAAAAUGGUUCAUAACAGUCAC